AGCUCCAUUCGGGUGCGCGGGCCGGUGAGAGGAGUAAACAUGGCGGCGGUUCUGCAGCAAGUCCUGGAGAGGGCCGAGCUGGCCAAGCUGCCCAAGGCUGUCAACACCAAGCUGGAGCGCUUCCUGUCCGACCAGCAGGCGGAGAUAGAAGCCAUGAGGUCCAGGCAUGAGAAGUACAAAGUGGACUGCGAACAACAAUACUUCGAUAUCGAGAAGCGUCUCAUGCAAAGCCAAGAACGUCUCGUCUCCGGGUCGCAGGAGUGUCAGAGUUUACGAGAACAGCUCAAUAAGAAAAGUGAAGAGGAGAAAGAACUAAAUGAAAAACUGAAAGACCUCGACACCUCCAAUAGUCGCCUUUUGGCCCUGCAGAGUCAGCUGACUAGAAAUAAAGAUGCGAUUGAAGCUGAAAAGAGAGAUCUAGUCAGGACAAAUGACCGCAAAUCACAGGAAGUGGAACAUCUCAAUGAGGAUAAUAAACGUCUCAAUGAGAAGCUGAAGGAAGCCAAUGUACUAAAAGUAGAGCUGCAGCUAAAACUGGAUGAACUUCAAUCGUCUGAGGUGUCAGUCAAAUAUCGCGAGAAGCGCUUGGAACAAGAAAAAGAACUUCUUCAGACUCAGAACAACUGGCUGAACACAGAGCUGAGAUCUAAAACUGAUGAACUCCUAUCGGUUCAGCGAGAGAAAGGCAACGAAAUUCUGAAACUCAAAGGCUCCCUGGAGAACAAGAAAGAUGAGGUCGAUAGAUUUGAAGAGGAAGUAAAACGCCUGAAGACGAGCAAUGAGAAUCUACAGAAACAAGUGGAGGAUCUCAUGAAUAAGUUAAAAGAGGCAAAGGAGCAGCAGUCAAACGCAGAGGACAAGUUUCAUAAUGAGCUGAAAGCGAAUGUCAAACUAUGUAAUCUCUAUAAGAGCGCAGCCGAAGAUUCAGAGGCGAAGGGUGCAGAAUUGACCCGAGCUGUGGAAGAACUUCAUAAACUCCUCAAGGAAGCUGGAGAUGCUAACAGUACUCUCCAUGAUCAGUCCUCUGAGAUGGAAUCUGCAAAACAUCAAGUUGAGAAAGACCUACGGGAGCGAAUUGGCAAACUGGAGAAAGAGCUUGAAAAUGCCAAUGACUUGCUUUGUUCCACCAAAAGGAAAGGUGCUCUGCUGAGUGAGGAGGAAUUAACGGCCAUGUCGCCUACAGCUGCUGCUGUGGCCAAAGUUGUACGACCCGGAAUGAAGUUAACUGAGCUUUACAAUGCGUACAUGGAAACACAAGACCAACUGCUAAUAGAAAAACAAGAAAACAAAAGGAUCACAAAGUAUUUGGAUGACAUAGUGAAAGAGGUGGAGGCCAAGGCACCAAUCCUGAAACGGCAGCGGGAGGACUACGAGCGGAUGCAGAGAUCUGUGGCAAACUUGUCUGCUAAACUGGAGCAGGCAAUGAAGGAAAUUCAACGGAUGCAAAAUGAAACGGAUAAAUCCAACAAGAUCGCAUCGAUUGCUGAAAGGGAGAACCAAAGGCUGGAGCUGCAAGUGAAAGAUCUUUCUCAGCAGAUCAGAGUUCUUUUAAUGGAGCUGGAGGAGUCGAGAGGAAACCAUGUUCAGAGGGAGGAAGAUGUGAGCUCUGCCAACAUCACUAGCUCCUCCGAAGUUAUAACUCAGCAUUUAGUUACUUACAGAAACAUCGAAGAGUUACAGGAACAAAACCAGAGACUGCUGGUGACCCUGAGAGAGCUCGGAGAGGCCAAGGAGAAAGAGGAGCAAGAACUCGCUGCUUCACAAAUUUCUGACCUCAGAAAGAAUUUAGAAAAUGUGCAGACGGAAUUGGAACAGCUCCGUGAGAAUCGCCAACAUCAAAUGCACGUGUUAGAAUCUACAAUACGACAGCGUGACAUGUAUCGCAUACUGUUGGCUCAGACAACUGGGGUCACAUUUCCUGUAGCAGAUGAGGUAACCGUAACUUCAACUCCAAGGAAGUCACCAGGAACGUCUCAGCCCCCAUCUACCCCGACCCCUGCAGUGCUGCAUCCAGAAUCCACCGAGGCUGCUGAAGCCAAGGCUGCUCUCAAGCAGCUUCAAGAAAUUUUUGAGAAUUACAGAAAAGAAAAAGCAGAAAACGAUAAAAUCCUGGUUGAGCAGAAUGAGAAACUCCAGGAGCAAGUGACCGAGCUGCGCUCUCAUAAUGCCAGGAUCUCCACUCAGCUAGAAUUCGCCUCAAAGCGGUACGAAAUGCUCCAAGACAACGUGGAAGGCUACCGUCGGGAAAUCGCUUCUUUACAAGAGAAAUCCCAAAAAUUGUCGGCUACAACACAGAAGCAGGAGCAGAUCAUUCAUACCAUGACGCAAGAUCUGAGGGCGGCCAGUGAGAAACUGGCGCUCGCUGAAGUUAAAGCAGAAAAUCUGAAACGCGAGAAGGAACUUUUGAAGAUGACCGAAACUCGCCUUAGCCAAGAAAGAACAAGCUUACUUGCUGAACAAAGGGGCCAAAACUUGCUGCUCACCAACCUGCAAACCAUCCAGGUUACUUUGGAAAGAUCCGAGACGGAAAUGAGGCAGCAUUACCACAACCGGAUCGAGAAACUGGAACAGGAGUUGACGCAGGUGAAGAAGAAGUUGGAGCACGAAAUCGAACAGAAACACUUUCUGAGCAAGAACCAAGAUGUUCAGAUUCUGGAUCUGAAGAGACAGUAUGAAGCGGAGGGAAAUCUUCACAACAGCACCAAGGAGCUUCUGAAGAACGCCAACAAGGACAUUUCUACACUGAAGCAGCAGCUGAGCAAUUUCGAAGCUCAGCUGGCAUCCCGAUCGAGCCAGGCGGCAUCUGCGCAAGAAAAAGAGCAGAACGCCGAAGAUAUUGAGGAAAUAAAGAAUAAGCUAAAACAGGCUACAGAGCAAAUCGGUGACCUGAAGGAGAGACUGAAAACCGGCACCAGCAACGUAGAGCAGUACAGAGAGGUUGUCCUUGGCUUGGAAGAGUCUUUGAACAAGGAAAAGCAGGUUUCAGAGGAAACAUGUAAAACCGUAGAAGUACGCAUGAAAGAAGCAUCGGAGUACCAGGCCCAGCUUGAGAAGAAGCUGAUGGAGGCAGAGAAAGAGAAGCAAGAACUUAGAGAUGAGAAACACAAGGCUGUGGAAAAUAUGGAGCAACAGUUAUCACAGCUCAAACAAAGUCUCUCCAGUUUGCAAGCGGAAGUCCAGUCUGCUCUUCAGAGAGCCGCAACUGCUACAAGUAAUGAACAGAAAGCCAGACAGGACUGUCAAGAGCAAGCAAAGAUAGCUGCGGAGUCACAAAACAAGUACGAGCGUGAACUAAUGCUCCACGCAGCUGAUGUUGAAGCUCUUCAGGCUGCCAAGGAACAGCUAACCACUGUCGCUGCCACACGUCAGAAGUCGGAGGAGGCCGCCCAGAAAGCGCAGUCCCAGUUGCUGGAGAACAAAGCUUCCUGGGAAGUUCGGGAGCGCAUACUCAAGGAUGAGACGUCCAAGAACCAGUCCCGCUGCGAGGACUUGGAGAAACAGAAUAGACUACUACAUGAACAGAUUGAGACCCUCAGUAAGAAGAUGGUGACCUCUGUUCAAGAGGGAGCUCUCAACAUGUCUUUCAGUGAAGAAGGGAAGUCUCAGGAUCAAGUGAUGGAGAUUCUCAGAUUCGUAAGACGCGAGAAGGAAAUAGCUGAAGCAAGGUUCGAAGUUGCCCAAGUCGAAUGUCUUCGCUAUCGUCAGCGUAUAGAACAUAUGGAGAAGGAAAUUAAUGAGCUGCAGGACAGCCUAAAUUCGGAGCGUGAAAAGGUUCAGGUGACUGCAAGGAGCAUGGCCCAGCAUGAAGAGCUGAUGAAGAAAACUGAAACCAUGAAUGUAUUAAUGGAAUCCAACAAAACGCUGAGGGAAGACAAAGAAAAGCUGGACCAGAACCUUCAGCAACUUCAAGCCAAGAUACGGAAGCUCGAGUCAAAUAUAUUACCAUUGCAAGAGUCCAACUCUGAACUAAGCGAGAAAAGCGGCAUGCUUCAAGCGGAAAAGAAAUUGCUUGAGGAAGAUGUGAAGCGCUGGAGGGCCCGAACACAGCACUUAUUAAACCAGCAGAAAGACACGGAUGCGGAGGAGUACAAGAAGCUGCUUUCUGAAAGAGACGUUAAUGUAAAGAGAAUCCAGCAGCUGACUGAAGAAGUGGGGAAACUGAAAACUGAGACGGCCAGGUCAAAUCAGAGUCAGUGCCAGAGCGCCAGAGAAGAAGUCACGAAACUUAAAACCGAAAAGGAAAAUCUGCAGAAAGAUCUUGAGGUUAAGGUCCUAGAUAUCCAAGAAAAAAUUAAAACCAUCACACAGGUUAAAAAGAUUGGAAGGAGAUACAAGACUCAGUAUGAGGAGCUUAAAGUGCAGCAUGAUAAGUUGGUUGCUGAGACCUCUACAGCUCAGGCAGCUCAGUCCGAGAACCAAGCUACUCAGAAGGAAUUACAGGAGUUGAAGGAUUCUCGGACGAAGGCUGAAACGAAGAUCUCGACACUGGAGAGCCAGCUGGAGACCAUACAGAAGACUGUAGAUGAUAAAGAAAAUGAAGUUAAAGCUCUGCACGAACAGACCGCGCAACUUCAGUCCGAGCUGUCCAAAGUUCAUAAGGAUCUUCAGGAGAAGACUGCGCAGGAGGAGCAAAUACGCCAGCAAAUGAGCGAAAAGGAGGAGAAAACAAAGAAAACUCUGUUUGCCGUUAAGCAGAGAUAUGCGCAGCUCACUGGUCUGAAGGAGCAACUUACAAAUGAAAAUGAAGAGUUGAAGCAAAGAAUUGCAGCUCUUGAUCAGCAGAGGGAAGAACUGGAAGUUCGCAUGAACGCUCUGAAAUCGCAAUACGAGGGACGUAUUUGUCGCCUGGAGCGUGAAUUGCGUGAGCAGCAAGAGCGACACCAUGAGCAAAGGGACGAGAAUCAGGACCCAUCAAAAGUCCCAGAUCAGAGGCAGAUUAAUGUAAAGCCAACCGCAGCUCCCGGGGAAAGAGGAAUCGCAAGUGCAUCAGAACCACCCACUGCAAAUAUUAAGCCCACGCCAGUGGUUGCAACCCCCAGCAAAGUGUCUGCAGCCACUAGACCACCAAGGGCCAGCAUUCGCCCCAUGGUUACCCCCGCUGUCGUGUCUACUCCAACGCCAACCGCUACAGUCAUGCCGACAACUCAAGUGGAGAACCAAGAAGGCGAGUCAAUGCAAUCAGAAGGUCUGCUGGAGCACGUUCCAGUGUUUGGAAGUACCAGCGGAUCAGUUCGCUCCACAAGCCCGAAUGUCCAGUCGUCUCUCCCACAACCCGUGUCAUCUGUUCAGCAGCAGACUGCGUUUGUCCAGCCUACUCAGCAGUCUCAUGCAGCCAUAGAGCCUUGCAGUCAGGAGCUCACUGUUGAAGUGGUGCAGAGCUCUCCUGUAGAAAGGCCGAGUACUUCUACAUCAUUUGCCACAUUUACAGCGAGCCAAAGUUCAAUGCCAAAGCGUCCACGUGAAGAGGAAGAGGGAAGUGCGGAAGUCACCGAGCAUACAGCGGAAGAUUCAGAUGUGCCUGCCAGUAAAAAGCAGAGGGGUGAGGAAGUUUUAACGGAGGAAAUCACUGAAUCAGAAUCUCACACUUUCGACCAAGAAUCUCAAGAUGCACUUGCACAGUUUGGUUCGUUGGAUUAUCAGCAAAUUCAUGAUAGCGAAGAGACGUCGCAGUCCCUUGGGGAUAUCACCGCUCAGUCUUCGGAUCAGUCCCAAGGUGUGCAAUCCACCCAGCACAGCACGUCGAAGAGCGAGAAUGUGAUUGUAGUCAUAGACAGCGAUGAAGAGGAGGAUGAGGAAAAUGACGGCGACCAAGAGGACAUAGCUGGGUAUGGGGAAGAUGAGGAUGAUGAAGACGACGCUGGAAUGGGCGAUGGAGAUGAGAGCAAUGGUGAAGGUGGCAGCGCUGAUGGAAAUGACGCCUAUGAAGGGGACGAUGGUGCAGGUGCUGAUGGCACAGAUCCUGGCACGGAGACAGAAGAAAGCAUGGGAACGGCGGACAGUGGUCAGAGACCAGCAGACUCGCAGCACAGCACUGAACCGGGUAUGGGAAGUACAGAGUCGACGCUUGCACAAGAAGCGCGGGAACAGCCUUCAUCUGCCUCAGAUAGACCAAGUCCUCGGCCGCCACAAUCUCCUCGUAGACAACCUCACCCUCUGCCUCUCUGCUUGACCAUUCCUGCUCCACCUUCAGAGCUUGGCCCACCUGUUCAGCGAAUUCAGAUGGCCCGCAGACAGUCUGUAGGACGUGGGCUGCAGCUUACACCCGGCUUGGGGGGCAUGCAACACUUUUUUGACGACGAAGACCGCACAGUGCCCAGCACACCAACCCUUGUUGUCCCUCAUCGAACAGAUGGCUUUGCAGAAGCGAUUCACUCUCCACAGGUGGCAGGCGUCCCUCGCUUUCGGUUUGGGCCACCAGAAGAUAUGCCUCAGGCUAGCUCUAGCCACUCCGACCUCGGCCAGCUGGCUUCCCAAGGAGGCUUAGGAAUGUAUGAAACGCCUCUAUUCCUUGCUCACGAAGAAGAGUCAGGUGGCCGCAGUGUUCCAACGACACCGCUUCAGGUUGCAGCACCAGUUUCUGUCUUUACGGAGAGUCCCGCCGCCGACACGUCUGACCACGCCUCCCAGUCCGUCCCGAUGGUCACCACCUCCACCGGAAACGUCUCUGCGUCUGUGGAGUCCGGAACAGUGGAUGAAGGGGACGAGGUUUUCGGCGAGGCCGAAUCUGAAGGGAUUAUCUCAGAAUCCACAAUGGAGAUGGAAACGAGGCAAGAGCAGGAGAGUGCCCAGCCGUCAGAAACCGAUCUUCCCUCCACAAGCCAAGACCCACCGACCUCUUCCUCUUCUGCAGACACGAGCACCAGUCAGCCGAAGCAAGUGAGACGAGUGAGACUUCAUCCUCCGAGCGGAAGGCCUGCCGUCAGAGGACGUCAAUUCGGCAGACAGGGAGACGCCAACAGGAAGUGA